AUGAGGGCCAACCACAGCGCAGGGGAGCGCUUUGUGCUGCUGGGCUUCCUGGACUGGCCCUGGCUGCAGCCCGUGCUCUUCUCGUCGGUGCUUUUCUGCUACCUCCUGACGCUCGCAGGCAACGCUGCGCUGGUGCUGCUGGCUGUGCGCGACCCGCGCCUGCACACGCCCAUGUACUACUUCCUCUGCGGUGGCGGCCGCGAUGCCACGGAGCGGCAGAUGUUCGCUGCCCGCGUGGUCAUCCUGCUGGUGCCGUCCACCGUGAUCCUGGCCUCCUAUGGGGCGGUGGCGCGCGCCGUGUGGGGCAUGCGCGCCAGCGGGGGCCGCAGGAAAGCCUUGGGCACCUGCGGGUCGCACCUGACCGCGGUCUGCCUGUUCUAUGGCUCAGCCAUCUACACCUACCUGCAGCCUGCGCACAGCUACAGCCAGGGACGGGGCAAGUUUGUUUCCCUCUUCUACACUGUGGUCACACCGGCCCUCAACCCACUCAUCUACACCCUCAGGAAUAAGGAAGUGAAGGGCGCAGCCAGGAGACUCCUGGCGCGAGGGCAGGCUGGACAGUGA